AUGGCGGAUGGCAAUAGCCACCCAUUCAAUAAUGAUGUUAUUGCUAGUGAAACUAUAAUUCAAUUACAAAAGCAACUAGUUCAACAUCAGCAAUUGUCUUCUAAACAUAAAGAUCUUCUUGAUCUUCUUUCCUCUAAUCGCACCAGCAACCAUUUUCUAAACACGACUGAUCCGUCGAUCAAUGUCUCGUCUCAAACCAUCACCGACGAUGAUUUCACUCGUUUGAAAUCUCUCAUCCGGUCGACAAUUUGGCCUAUCGAUCAUUCGAUUCGUCGACAAAUAUGGAUGAAUGUUUUAACAUUCAAUCGAGUAAACUCCUCCAAAGCACAUUUUCAUGGGCCGAUUUCCACGUCGUCCAUCACAAUUGAUCAUAGUUCCUAUUCUCUUUCGUCAAAAUCCAAUCAAUGGCCAACAUUUGUCGAUACGUCAAAUCUGUGUUUUUAUCAUUUAACUGAGCCAACUGGACGUUUAUUAUUACAACGACUUUUGUUCACAUUUGCUUUACACCAUCCUGAUUUAACCUAUUGUCCAGCCUUACAACCUAUUUCUUGUUUACUUUUACAUUAUUUCAAUGAACAUCAAGUUUUAUACUUAAUUAACCGUUUAUUAGCGAAACAUUGGCUUUGUGGAGAAACACGUUUACAAUGGGAAGCCAAUUGUCAAGUUUUUAAGAAGCUAUUGAAAACAUAUUAUAAAUCAACAGCAGAUACGAUUGAUUUACGAUAUUCGAACAGUAAAGGAUUUUAUCAUGACUGGUUUUGGUGGAUAUUUCGUUACUUACCAUUUCAUUAUCUUGUCAAAAUUGUCGAUUGUUUCUUCCUCGAAGGUCCAAAAAUUCUCUAUCGAGUUGCUUUAACACUCGUACAUCUAUAUAUAAAAACGGUUAAACAUGAAGCCAAUGGAAAUAUUCGAAAUAUGGCGGAAUUUUGUCAGCAAAUUCCUAUUUCCAUCGAGCAACUAUUACGCUCUGCAUUUCAAAUUCGAAAUUUAAAACGAACUACUAUUGACCAAUUGAUAGAUCAUGAAGAGAAAUCACUCCAUAGUUCUCGUUAUUACUCACGAUCGGAUGAGAAUGAUCAAUCAGCAACUUUAACAGCUACCAAUCCUAAUUAUAUCAAUAGUAAUGCCAAUAAUAAUAAUAAUAAUAAUAAUAAUAAUAAUAAUAAUGGAAAUUUGAAUGAUUAUCAAUCGAAAUUCGUCAAUCCACAACAUCUUACAAGAAUACCAAAGACGUCUGUACUUGAUCAUCAACAAUUUAUUGCUUUAUGGAAUUGGUUACCAGCGCGAUUAAGUCUUUCUCAACCGAAUCUGAUCUUUACAACUGAAGAACACGGAUUUCGUCUUCAAAGUUUACUGGAUAAACUUGAUGAAGUGGAAUAUUCAAUUUUAGUUAUCAGAACAACAGAUGGCGAAAUAUUCGGCGCAUUCUGUGCAGGUACAUGGUCCGAUCGUCACAGUAAAACAUAUUUCGGCUUCGGUGAAUCAUUUCUGUUCACACUUGUGCCGAAACAAAUCAAAUAUCCUUGGGUUGGUCAACAACACGAGAACGAAAACCGACAACAUCAGAUCAAACGCGAACUAUUUCUCUUCGUUAACCACGAGAAGUUAAUCAUCGGUGGAGGAAAUGGUGAUGGCUUAUGCAUCGAUUCUUCAUUAUGCGAUGGUCGUACCGCGCAUUGUGAAACAUUUAAUAAUGAUCCACUUUGUUCAUCACCUUAUUUUUCUAUCGCUGUUCUUGAAAUGAUUACAUUUGAUUUUUCUUCAUCCUAG